AUGCUCAUAUUUCAGAACGCACAACAUUAUUUCAAUUUUUUUCGCAACUUUAAUGGUUGCUAUACGGAUAAUAAAUUAUUGAAAUUUUUUUUCAAAAAGAGUUAUAACAAUUGGUUUAAUGAUCCAAGUCAAUAUAAUUAUUAUUUUAUAUCUUACUAUGCUGUAGCACUUUCAAUGUGUAUUAUGUUACGUAAUUUAUUAUUUAAUCCUGAUGUACAUUUUAGAAGACAAGAUAAAAGAAGAAAUAUAAUUGACAGAUAUCAACAUCAUGCAUAUUCACUUCCAUAUUUUAAUCACUGGUUAAGAAAUUUUAGUCAAUCAUUUAAAAGUUCUCUUAUUGAUAAUGAACCAGAUUAUCAAGAUAUAGACCCUUGGUCUUUCCGACCUAAUCGAAAUCAAUUUUAUGGAAGAUUCCCAUUCUUUUUUGAAAUACCAAAGUAUCAUAUUGAUAACCCAUCAUUUGAUAAAAACUCACAUAAGUAUAUGCAAAAUUAUUAUGAACAAAUUGGAUAUGUACAAAAACCAGAAACCAUGCAAGUUUAA